AUGGAAACCAAUUUCACAAGUGGCUUGAAGCAAGCUAUAUUGCAUCACCACCCGAAUUGUAGGGUGAUGAUUCCUGGGAAUCAGGUAGUAGAAUUCAGCAUCCUUGAUUCAGAAUAUCAAGCAUGGGCUGAAGACUACUAUGAGUACGUCUACACGAUCUACGAACACAACUUAGACUUUGAUAUUGAUAUUCUUCAACUACCGGCUCUUCACCAGCUCAAUGUGGGAUUCAUGCAGAAUGAUUCGACUCCAUAUGAAAACCUGGAAGAGGUGCUGUCUUAUAUCGUUACAUCUCCGGGGCUGAAGCAUCUUUCUCUAGAUCAUCAUUUUGAUGUAUUAGAAUUCCCCCUUGGCAAGCUUAAGGAGAAAUGGCACGAUUUUGUUGUUGCUCAUCCUUCUAAACAAACCUCACAAUUGGAAUCACUCAGAAUCCUUGGACGUGGACUCGGCGAAGGUAUUAUUUUCAAGUUCGCCGCUACUGGUAGUCUUUCUAAUCUUCACACCCUCGAGCUUUUCUCUGAUGAUCCAGAGAAUCUAGCGAAAGUUGGUCAGCUAUUGCCCAGCCUUGAAAAACUCUUGAUCCAGAUACGUGUAAAGUCAACCCAUGACGAAGGCUAUAUCAAGUUCGCCACUGCAAUACGAGCAUUUCAUCCAGUGAAAUAUCUUUCUCUUCAUUAUUUUCCCUGGGUGGAGGGUUUACAUCAGAUAGUCAAACACCAUGGUGUAUCAUUAAAAGGACUUAUCUUACAUUUUCCUUAUCUUGGCCAUCAUCCUAAGCAUGCCGAGCCCAAGGCUUCUGAUAUUGACCGACUGGCACUUGAUUGUCCAAAUUUAGAAGAGCUACGCCUCGAAGUCCCAAGGUCGUUGGGAAACCAGAGUGAAUGUGAUAUUUACAAAGCUUUCGGAAGAUUCUCGAAGCUUCGCAGCCUUUUUCUGGGCCUUAACUUCGACAGGAGAAUGGAUAGACGAGGACCCUGUAAUGACACACAAGAAGUCGAACUCCACUUAAAAACUUUCAUGAAUGCGGCUACGGAUGAGAAGCUGGCUCUUGGGAUCUGGCACUUGGUCAAUAUUGAGGCUCCCUGUCUUCAAUACCUUCGUAUUUUCCCAUUCGCACAUGAGUUCAGCUGGGGAGAAGAGUGUCUACUGAAGUACUUGACACACUCAUAUCUGAUUACUCGAUACAAUUUCCAGAAUCCCGAAUCACCAUACAUAGAGGAGAUUGGAAAGAGGUUAUGGGAGGUAGAACGAGAAGGCGACGGUUGGGCACAGAAUGAUUAUUAUCAUCUCUGUGAAGAGAUUUCCCAACUUCCUCGUAAGAUCUGGCCACCAGUGCCCGGGAAAGGCGACUGGCGGGACUGUUGGUCUAGUUUUCCUUUACAGCCCGAGGGAAAAGCUGUGGAAACACUGCAUAUGCCUUCUUCAUUGCUAUGA